GUUAAGCAGUCGCCGUAUUCCAGCAAUUUUCUUCUUUCCUCUACAUUUCUGUAAGUUUGUGAUUUUCAAAGAGUAUAAUGAGUGAAUUUAUUGACCAAAACAACCACUGUCUGGUUGAAUAUCCGUUGAACGAUAACACAGCGCAAUCAAAAGCAGCCGAAUUUCUCCCAUGUCGCUGCAAAGAACCGGCGUCGACAUCACUGGUCCAGGAAAAACACGGUCUCAAAGCACUCCCAUCCCAGGAUGAAAUGAACGAAGCGAAAACAAAUUAUGACACCGGCAUUCUGAAUAACAAGCUGCAAGUAGUCGUAGCCUUUUCUGAUUUUAAGGCAGUUGAUGAUAACCAGUUAAGUUUUUGUAGAGGAGAUGAAAUGCAAAUUCUAUAUAAGCCCAAUUCUGAUUGGUGGUGGGCUGAAAUCCAUGGCAAUGAGGGAUAUAUUCCAACCAAUCACAUUACAGAAAAGACCAGAGAAGAAUGGGAAGCAGACAGAUGGCAGGAUGUGGAAUAUUUCGAUAGCUAUGCUGAUUUGAAACUACAUUUGGAGAUGUUAAGUGAUAAUGCAAGGACCAAUGCAUACAAAGAUGCUAUUAUACAGAACGCAGAGUCCUUGUCAAACAAGGUAGUUGUAGAUGUUGGCUGUGGUACAGGUAUUCUAAGUCUUCUGUGUGCUAAACAUGCAAAUGUCAAACAGGUGUAUGGGGUUGAAGCAAGUGAUAUUGUCCAUCACACUCAACACCUGAUUGAUCAAAAUGGUCUGACUAAUAAAAUAACUAUCUUUAAAGAUAAAGUUGAAAAUAUUACUUUACCUGAUAAGGUGGACAUUAUUAUAUCAGAAUGGAUGGGGACACUGUUAUUGUUUGAAUUGAUGAUAGAAUCAGUACUACUUGCCAGAAAUCUGUGGCUCAAAGAUACAGGCGUAAUGUGGCCAUCAGAUGCAUCUCUGUAUCUGGUUCCUUGCAGUGCAACGGAUGAAUACAAUAAAAAGAUAGCAUUCUGGGAUUGUGUUUAUGGUUUUGAUUUUUCUUACCUCAAAAGUUUUGCAAUGCAAGAGUAUUUUGGAAAACCUGUUUUUAAUCAUGAAUUAAAGUCUACAGAUUGUUUGGAUUCACCACUGUGUGUACUUAAAAUGAAAAUGAAAACUUUCCAGAUUGAUGAGUUAGAGGAAAUUGUUAAAGAGUUCAGUUUUAAAGUAACCAAAAAAAGUACAUUUCAUGGAUUUGCUUCCUGGUUCAGUGUGGAUUUUGGUGGAUUUAACAACCAAAAUACUGUCACUUUGGAUACCGGCCCCACCAGUAGAUUGACUCAUUGGAAACAAGAUUUAUUUAUGAUGAAUGAUGCAGUGCAGGUAACUGUUGGCGAUAAAAUAGAGGGCAGUAUUGUUAUAAAACGCAAUGCAGAGUGGAGACGACAUCUUGUGGUCACGUUCAAGUAUCAAAUGAUUUUCCAUUGUGACCAAAAUAUCAAGAAUUUCGAGAAGACAUUCCCACUAUGGAAAUAAAACAUUAAUUAUGAAGUAAUCAUGGCAACAAGAUAUACAGCAUGAUGAUAAAUUUGUUGUCAUUUUAUGGCAAACAUGAGAUAACCUGUCUUGUUUACAAGUGACAUAUCUGUUAUAUUGUAUACUAUACCUAUUUUUGAUAAUAGAGAAUAAUGCAGGCAUUAUAAAAUUUAGAUAUAACUAAAUGAUGCAUUGUGUCAAAUGUUCUGUAAUGACAGAUAGCUAUAUCAAGGUAGUUUCGUGCACAGUCAGCUGGCGCACACGUGAUAAUAAAAUAAAUAGGAUAUUUACUAU